AUGAGCAAAACUAAAGUGCUACGAUCGUUGAACCCAAGACUUCAAUACUCAUUCCAGAGUCUACCUAGGUACACUCAUGGUAAAUCUCAGUUGAAGUAUCCUGAAGAUUGUCAAAAUGUAAUCAAUAAGUUGAAUAUAAAAGAAGACUAUAAUCAAAAUCAUAAAUUGAACAUAAUAGAUGUCAACCCUGGCUUUGGAUUAUUCUCAUCGAUGAUAAACUACGAAUUACAACCCAAAAAGCAUGUUUUGCUAGAAAAAUUCGAUGAGAAUUAUAAAAAUUGGAUGAAUAGAAUUGAAACUUUGAAAUCUGAAUCAAAUAAUCAAGAAAAUUUUGAGAUUUUGAAAAAUGAUCCUUUCGACUGGGACACGUAUACUAAACUAUUUAACGAUGGAGUGAUUGAAGAACCAAAUGUAAAGUGGGAUGAUAAAAUAAAUGAUGAGCUUUUAGUGUUAGCAAAUUGGACAGGAAAAUCUGAUGAGUCAAUAAUAGCCCAAUGGAUUGGAUGUUGUGGAAAUAGAAACUGGUUAAUGAAAUAUGGGAAAGUUAGAAUGAUUAUUUUGAUGCCAUCAAUAACAGCCAUGAAAUUUUUGAGUGAACCAGGUUUUCGCAAAAGAAAUAGAACUUCAUUGAAAAGAGAUUUAUAUACCAAGACAAAAUUAAUUGCCAUAGGUGAAGAUUCGGAGAUAUUAGGUCAAGGUUACGAUCCAAGAAUACUCGUUAGAGAUCAACCAUUAGUAAUAAAAAAGAACUCAUUUAUUCGAAGUCCUGAUGUGGCAAUUAUUGAAAUGACACCUGGUGAACAUAAAAGUGAUUCAAUUGCAAAUAUAGAGCAUUUAUUAUCUGGUAUAUUUGUGAGCUCAUCAAAAUUGAAAGAUCUAUUACCAAGGUUAGCUCCAGGGGCUGAAUACUUACAAAAUUAUUUAACUAAUGAAACACUUGAAAAAAGGGCUUCGGAGUUCACCACUGAAGACAUAUUGCAAUUUUCAAAUGCGUAUGAACAGUGGCCUUUCAAACCGUCUACGGAAGAAACAUUCGAUAUUAACGAAUAUGAUUUUUAA